GUAUUAUUUACGUUUUUUGUAAAUGCGAGCGAUUGUUGUGUGAUCCGUAUUUUUCUUAAUUUUCCGAAUAAAUAGUUUAAAAAUGGUUGAUAUUAAGAAAUUCACAGAUGUAGAUCUCUAUGGAUUGCUAGGAGUGGAAACAACAGCUACAUCCAUUGAGAUCCGGAAAGCCUACCGGAAGAAGGCCCUUGAUUGCCAUCCGGACAAAAAUCCAGACAAUCCCAAAGCAGCUGAACUCUUUCAUGAACUAGCUAAAGCACUUGAAAUCCUCUCAGACGAAUCUGCAAGAGCAGCAUAUGACAAAGUCUUGAAUGCCCGGAAAGCUGCUGAGCUCAGAAAUCGGCAGCUGGACAGUAAGAGGAAGAAACUAAAAGCGGAUCUCGAGGAGAGGGAGAGAGCAGCCAAUGCAGAGGCUAAUAGAAAGAAAUCUUACAGCACAGAGGCGAAAUCUCCUGAAGAUGAGCUCAAGGAAGAAAUUGAGAGGCUGCGAAAGGAAGGAUCUCGUCUUCUUGAAGAAGAACAGGAAUUGCUAAGGCAGCAAAUUCACCAAACUCUCCAGAAUUCAACAGUAUGGGAUUCAUCCAAGCAUCGAAUAAAAAUUAAGUGGCAUGCUGCCAAGGGGGAUCCUACAAAUGGGGGCUACAACGAGGAAGUUUUGAGGAAAUUCCUUCAGAAAUUUGGAGAUAUUGAAGCAAUUGUGGUCUCUACGAAGAAAUUGGGCAGCGCAAUUAUUGAAUACAAGACACGGGAAGCCUCAGAAAUGGCCAUUGCGUAUGAGAAGGGCAAUCCAGAGAAUCCCCUUAAAUUGGAAUGGAUUGGAGAGCCUCCGAGAGACAGUAAAUCCGCCACACAGACUUCCCAGAAUGUAACAGAGAAAGAUUUUGAAGAUCUAGUACUGAGACAAAUGCGUCAGGCAGAAGAGAGGAAGAAACUGAUUGAGCAGAUGAUGAAGGAAGAUCAGGAAGAGGAGGAAUGUUUAUGAGAGUAAAAGAAAAUAAAUUUAGUAGGUUUUGAGAAAUAAAAUUUUUACAGUGUAUGAAU